AUGUCGUCUGAAGACAAGAAGGUUGUUAUUGAAGAACAUCAACUGUCGUCCAUCUCCGUCACAGCUAGAAUUCCGGAAUUUUGGAAGAAGUCGCCUAAAACAUGGUUUAUUCAAGCAGAAGCGGUUCUAAAUCCUCAGAAGAUGUCCGACGAAUCAAGGUACCAGGUCAUUAUUUUAAAAUUACCCCAGGACGUAGUUGAGCAAGUUACUGAGAUCCUUUUGAAUCCCCCUGAGAAAAAUAAAUAUGAGACCUUGAAGAAUAAGUUAAUAUUUAUAUAUCAAGAAUCGGAAGAGCGACAAGUAAAAAAACUCAUUGGCGAAAUGGAAUUAGGCGACCAGAAACCAUCACAAUUACUUAGAAAAAUGCAAGACCUAGCCAGGGGGCGAAUAACCAACGAAACACUCAUAGUUAUGUGGCAAAAUCAUUUACCAACGUCGGUGCGAGGAGUUUUGGCUGUAACGGAAGAAAAAGAUCUAGAGAAAUUAGCAUCAAUAGCUGAUAAAGUAAUGGAAACAACGACUCCCAUAAAUAGUGUUGCUACUGUCAAACAGGAACCAGACCCAUCGGGUUCACAGGACCAAAUUAUUUCGGCAAUUAACAAAUUGAGUGAUAGAUUACAAAAAUUUAGAGUCAAGAUCACGAGGCCGUUCAAAUAA